AUGCUGUCCGAGAUCAAAGUUUUCAACGGUGUCCCCUCGCUGGACAGGAGUGUCUCUCAGAACAUCAGCAGGGAUCCUAAUGGCCACAAUUAUCUUUACACUGAUGGGAAAUACAUCAUUCUGAGGAACACAGAGAUCAAGGGCUGGGCUGGCACUCCUGGGAGAACUUUUGCUGGAGAGAAAACCUAUGAAUGUAAAGAAUGUGGGAAAAUCUUUAGUCAAUCGUCAAGCCUCAGUACACAUAUAAGAACACACAGUGGAGAACGGCCUUAUGAAUGUAAGGAAUGUGGGAAGGCCUUUAGUCAGUCAUCAAACCUCACUAAACAUAUGAGAACUCACAGUGGAGAGAGGCCAUAUAAAUGUAAGGAAUGUGGCAAACCUUUUCGUCAUUCCUCAAACCUCACUAGACAUAUGAGAACUCAUAGUGGAGAGAAACCUUAUGAAUGUAAGGAAUGUAGAAAAACCUUUAAUCGAGUCUCAGAUCUCACUGUACAUAUAAGAACUCACAGUGGCGAGAAACCUUAUGAGUGUAGAGAAUGUGGGAAAGCUUUUCAUCAGUUUUCAAGCCUCAAUACACAUAUAAGAAUUCACAGUGGAGAGAGUCCUUAUCAGUGUAAGGAAUGUGGGAAAGCUUUUCGUCGCUUCUCAAACCUGACUACACAUAUAAGAAUUCACACUGGAGAGAGGCCUUAUGAGUGUAAGGAAUGUGGGAAAGCCUUUCGUCGGUUCUCAAGCCUCAUUACACAUCUAAGAAUCCACACAGGAGAGAGGCCUUAUGUGUGUAAGGAAUGUGGAAAAGCCUUUAGUCAGUCUUCAAGCCUCACUGCACAUAUAAGUAUUCACAGUGGAGAGAGGCCUUAUGUGUGUAAGGAAUGUGGAAAAGCCUUUCGGCAGUCUUCCAACCUCACUAAACACAUGAGAACUCACAGUGGAGAGAGGCUGUAUGACUGUAACGAAUGUGGAAAAGCUUUUCAUAAGUCAUCAAACCUUACUAUACAUAUGAGGAUUCACAGUGGAGAGAGACCUUAUGAAUGUAAGAGAUGUGAGAAAGCUUUUAAUCGGUCAUCACACCUCACUAGACAUAUGAGAACUCAUAAUGUUGAGGUCCUUAAGGAAGGAUUAUGGAAAAGCCUUUAG